AUGAAUCAGAACAACCUCAACAACAACAACAACAACAACAACAACGAUAACGAAGAUGACGAUAAAAACAGCAUCAAUAACAACAACAACAACCAAGGCGCCCACGCCAUCGACUGCUUCAAAUGCGUGUCGGUGAACGGUGACAACCCAAGCUGCGAGGACCCCUUCCACAACAACUUCUCCACGGCCAUGCUGGAGAGCCCCUGCAUGGCGGGACGCAAGGGGCGGGAGGGGCUCUUCCCUGCCACGGCGUGCAUCAAGCUGGCGGGGGUCUAUGAUCAAGGCAGAGGGCGGAUCGUGGUGCGUGCGUGCGCCCUGGACAGCGGCACACUAACCACUGACACGGAAAUUAUACGGAUGUCCCAUUGUGGCGGCAUCGUCUACAAUGACAAGUGUGCUGGGAGAUACCUGGCUGCUGUUACCUGUUAAUUAGGAGGCAGGUGGCAAGGAGAGAGAGAGAAUACCUGUCUCUUAUCUACAGGUGUGCUGGGAGAUACCUGGAUGCUGUUACCUGUUAA